UAAUAAAACUGAUUUCAGGAUUGAUCAGAUCAAUGGCAGAUGACGAAUUGGAAACUUACAAAUUAUGGCGAGUUCGAAAAACGAUUAUGCAGAUGUGCCAUGAUCGUGGAUAUUUGGUAACACAGGAGGAAUUAGAUCAAACGUUGGAAAAUUUCAAGGAAACUUUUGGUGAUAAGCCAAGUGAACGACAUCCAUCUCGUAAUGAAUUAACUGUUUUGGUAGCACAUAACGAUGAUCCAACGGAUCAGAUGUUCGUGUUUUUCCCGGAAGAUUCAAAAAUUGGGAUCAAAACAAUUAAGGCAAUUUGUCAACAAAUGCAAGAGCAGGCGAUAACACGAGCAAUUAUUGUCGUGCAAACUGGUAUGACUCCUUCUGCCAAACAGGCAAUAGCUGAUAUGGCACCGAAAUAUACUUUGGAACAGUUCCUGGAAGCUGAACUUAUGGUCAAUAUAACGGAACACGAGUUGGUACCGGAACAUGUUGUAAUGACAAAUGAAGAAAAGAACGAGUUACUGGGUCGAUAUAAGCUUAAAGAUACGCAAUUACCCCGAAUUCAGCAGAGUGAUCCGGUAGCUAGAUAUUUCGGUUUACGACGCGGACAAGUAGUCAAAAUUAUUCGACCAUCCGAAACUGCUGGAAGAUACAUUACUUAUCGACUUGUUGUAUAG